UGAAGUGGCCCCUACACAAUUUUUCGCCGGGAUUAGUUCUGUGAUUCCCUGAAGUCUGUUUGAACAGUUUUGUUCGCCGUAUCAGGUUGGCUACGUUACUAUUUUCAAUGUAACACAUCCUAUACAAUAUUUUUUGCUUAUCUGUUUGGCAGGUUAUUUCAAUAAUAUUCAAAGUGCUAUUUGUGGAUUACUGUAAAUAUAUGAAUAUUAACAAGGUGUUUUGUUUUCUUCUUUGAUUAGUCAUACAGUUUUUUCAGUGUGUUGUAACCUGAAAGUUUGUUAAGUACCAACAUUUAAGUCAUAUUUUUUAGACUGGUUAUUCUGAAUACAAUCAAGGUGCAAAUAGUUGAUCAUUUUUAGGUUGAAUCUUUUGAGUUACUUGCUUAACACCUUGUCAACAGAAAGCCCACUCAAUGGGCCCUAGAAAUCCAGGAUUUCAUCUAAUCCUGAUUCUGGUAUCUUGCCCAGUUAUUCAUGGAACACUAUAUAAAAAAUGGAUUAACUUAAAUGAAAUCAAGGAUUUGUUUGAUGAAAAUGGAUGUGUAACAGGCCAUUUAAGUAUGGCAGGAAGUGCGCCAGUGCCUGUGGGUACUGACAACGAAGGCUCUUCUGCUGGUGGCCAGUCCAGUCAGGAUGAGCCUGCCACGACUGACGGCAGCCAAUCUGUUUUAGGGAAAGAAAAGACUCCUAUGUGCCUUGUCAAUGAGUUGGCGAGGUAUAACAAGAUUGAACAUCAAUACCGCCUGACGAGUGAAGACGGUCCACCCCAUAAGAAGAAGUUUACUGUUACAUUAAAGCUCGGUAAUGAGGAGUACACUGCAGAGGGCGCCAGUAUCAAAAAGGCACAGCAUGCGGCUGCUGGCAUCGCCCUCAAGAGUACUACCUAUAAACACCCGCCACCUAAAUCUUCUAGGCAAUCUAGAGGUUCAAAAAGUAACAUUACCCCAACUGUGGAAUUAAACGCUUUGGCAAUGAAAAGGGGAGAACCGACGGUUUAUACCCUCGUCGAAUCUCCUCAAUUCCACCAGUACACGUACCACCACUCCCACAGGGGGAUGUAUACUCAGCCCUACAACGACCAUUUCUCAUUCCCUUACGGAAGAGGAAAACCUAAUUUCAGAGGCGGAUUUAAUCGUGUUGAUCCAAGGUUCUAUGGUCCAGGAAAUAAAGCACCUCUGUACAAGGUUGUGGUAAAGGUCGGAGAACGUGAGUUUUCUGGCGAAGGGAACUCAGCACAAGCCGCACGGCAUGACGCCGCUUCUAAAGCACUUCAGUUACUGCACAGUUUACCCGUUGAUGACACUUGCCCUGCCAAUUCUACUAUCUGUGGUGGUGGACUGACUGAGCAGGAGUCGGAACUUAAGUCACCAAUUUCGUUAGUUCACGAGAUAGCUUUAAAGAGGAAUCUUCCCGUUCUUUUCGAAGUUAUCUCUGAAAAAGGUCAACCCCAUAUGAAAACUUUUGUAACGAGGUGUUGUGUUGGCGAUAAGUUUGAAACGACUGGUGAAGGAAAUGGAAAAAAGAUUUCGAAAAAACGAGCAGCUGAAAAGAUGCUUGAGCAGCUUAGGACCCUCCCACCGACGACAACCGUCACAGCUCCUGGUUGUGCAUCAGCGCUCGCUCGUGCGAAACGUAAAGCUACUACUGGGAAAAAGAAAUCUAGAAAUAUUAUUAAGGAAACUCCUGUUUCUCAGGAAACAAAAUAUGAUGAACGUGAUAAUAGUGAUGAAAUGAAUCCUAUUUCACGUUUGAUCCAAAUUCAACAGGCUAAGAAAGAACGAGAACCUGUUUAUACUUUACGGGAAGAACGUGGCCUUCCUAGGAGAAGAGAGUUCAUUAUGGAAGUGACUGUGGGGAAACAUUCGUAUAUCGGAUCGGGACCUAAUAAGAAAGUAGCCAAACGAAAUGCUGCUGAAGGCCUUCUUCAGCAACUUGGUUACGCCAGCCCGACGUUGAGCAGGAGUGGUCAUCCUCUUCCUCAAAGUCAGCCACAGCAGUCCCAGUCGCAGCCUUCGCAGCAGCAGCACAAAGUAAGAUUUAGUGAUGAAAAACCGGAAGGCGGGGUUUCGGGCCGACAGCUUGUACCUGGUCUUAUCCUUAUGAAGGACAACAAAGCCACAAAUAAUGGACACAAACCAGGCACAGGUGUCAACUUGAAAGCCACCAUUGCCAAAGAGUAUUUAAGUGAGGGUUCUUCGCCUACAGCUGAUGCACUUGCUGGAGUGAAACGCCAAACCAAAAAUUCAUCUGUAAGGCCUACUGAACAGCUGGCUUACUUAGCUUCUGUACUGAAUUUCCAAGUUCAAUUUUCGGAUUUCCCCAAGGGCAAUCAUAGCGAAUUUUUAACUCUAGUCUCUCUCGACACAGAUCCACCACAAGUCUGCCAUGGAGCAGGAGCAACAAUAGAUCUUUCCCAUGAACAGGCUGCUUUAAAUGCUCUUAGAUCUCUUUCUAAGGUAGGUCUUGAUUCGAUCACGCCUGCAAAGAAGGAAGCCACAACUACACCCCAGCCAGUACCAAAACCUGAACCUGGGCUGUUUAUUGAUCUCAAAGAGGAAACACCUUAUGUUAAUGGGAAGUGAAAGAUACGUUUUAUUUUAAUAUUGUAAAAAAAGAAAAAAAGAUUCCUUUAGUUUUAAAUGUUUAUUUAACACAAAAAUUUAUUUAAAUACGUUAUUAAUAAAUGAUAAUACAAUAAAUAUCAGAGAGAUCUGACAUCAAUAUUUCGAUUACUGUGAAUUAAUUAUUGCUGGUCAUAUUUUUUUAUUAUUAUUGUUAUUUUGUUUUAGUUAUUAUUAUUUUUUUUUUUUUGUAAUAUUUUGUAAAUGAAUAUGACUGAUGAAAAGAAAAACAUAAAUACAGGCCACUUAUAGCAUUGAAACGGUUUCAAUCUGUUGUAGAUUCUGAUAUGUUUAUUAAUUAUUAUGGGAAAUAUAGAUGAAAAAGUUUAUUAUUAGUACUAAACCGAGUGUUACAAGUGGGCCUCGAUUUAAUUUUUUUUUUUAAAUAUGUAAUGUUUCGCCAGUUUUGUCGAAAUAGUCGCUAUUUAUAUAUUUCAUCGCAGUCUCUAAAUGCACUUAUAACAUCAUCUUCUUUAGCGACGCAUUUUAAGGUAUAAUUUAUAAAAAAAGUUGCGAUAUGCAGCUUAAAGUAUUAUGAUAAAAACAAUUAAUGAAAAGAGAAAAAAAAAGUAGGGUUUUAUUAGAUAUUAGGACGUAUUUGUUAACACUAUUACUCUUUCUUAUUGCAAGCAGCAGUUAAUGUGUAUGUAAGUUUUCGUUUUUUUAUAUAUUGUAUUAUAAUAUAAAUAUAUAUAAGUGUAUUUACUAAGAUAACCAAAUAAAAAGUUUAUCAAGCUUACAUAAACAUUAUCAAUGCUGUAGGAACGCAGAAAAAAAAAAAAAUACAUACACUUUUUAGAUUUAGGUCCCUGAAAUAUUGAAAGAAUUUUUUUGUUAAUUCUCUAUGUUUGUCCUUUCUAUAAUCCUUAUUAGUGCAUAUGGUUGGUGUUAGUUUCUCUGUAUAUUAUAUAUUAUAUAAAUAUAGAUAUGUAUGAUUAUAUUUCAUUUUUGGCUAAUUUUUUUGAAAAAAAAAAAAAAUUCUUGUUAUAUUCAGGAUAUGCAUGAUGUAAGAACAUGUUUUGCCUUUUUUUAAAUUAAAAAAAGUAUUUUCUUUUACUCUUUUAAGAGCGUUUGCGUUUUGCUUGAUUACAUUGUAAUGGACUUGAGCUAAACGCUCUGUCGCUCGUUUAUUUUCUUUUAUAUGUCUAAUCACAGAGUGUUUUGUCUUUUUUUUUUCACUUUCCUGAUAUUUGUAUAUCAUUACAAUACUCAGUGUAUACUUUGUUAUAAACGAAAGAUGUUUUGGGUGUUAAUCAAUACAUUAGUUAGAAGCAUUGUGUUUUAGGUGCAUUGAGACAUAUUGCUAUGGUGUGUGAUUUAUUAAUUAUAGUUAUAUUAUAGAUAUGUAUACAAUUUUUAGAAAUUGUUAUCGACGAGAGAAAUAAAAAAAAGUAUAGAAGGAAAAAAUUUUAGUUGUCAUAUUGUAAUAUUGUUCUUCUAAAGAAAUUAUCAAUAAAUCACCAACCAAAUUUGUUAUAUUUAUUUCCCAUUGGCAUCCUAUAUUCGACAGCUUAGGUCCAAUUGUUUACAGGCUUUGAAUAUUCUAAAAAUGGUUAGCAAUCACAACUGGGGAGCUGACAGAAUCAAUGUAAUUCGAUUAUAUAAGGUACUUAUGCUAUAAAUAGUUUUAGUAUUUAAUUUAUUUACUUUGUUUGGUACGGUUAAUUUGUUUUUGAAAGAAAUUUAGAUUUAAAAUAUUUGGGUUUGUAAUUUGCACACAGUGACUGCUGAUUUGGUCAAUGUUACCUAGGAAUGAAUUGUAACUUUUACAACCCAAGACAAGUUUUACCAAAAGAAGGUCUGAGGACAAUAUUUUAUUCAAUACAAUGUAGAAGAGUUCAUAUUCCCUCGAGUGGAAUAGAAUUAUAAAAAUAAUUAUAUUAAUCCUCAACUCCUAAAUUAUUAAUAUUUCAGGAAGAGGAAUUUUGUGUUAAUAAAAUGAAAACAAUGAAAAUAUUUUGUAUUGAAUACAAUAAAGAGGCAAUUUUAUUCUCUAGAAAAAGAAACAAAAUAGAAGAAAAAAAAGAGCUAAGAAAAGAAUGAGACCUUUUAGAUUGGGCCACAGAGAGCUACGACCAGUUCAUCUCAUCCUUCUUGCGUAUGCCUACGAUAUUGUGGUAUUCGGGAACAACGGAAGAAACCAUCGAAUCCUUCAGGAAGAAUUAGAACUGUUUAACAUGGAAAUAAACAGCCGCAAAAUAAAAAUAAUGAAAGAAAGGGGAGAACGAGUACUUCGAUUGAAGGGAGAGGAACUCGAGCAUGUCAAAGACUAAGUAUCUGGAAGCCCAUCUAAACGUGAACGGUUGGAUAGAUAGCAAAAGAAUAAGACUGACCAGCAAAUGCUUUCAUUCACAAAAAACAGGCCUCUUAGCAAAGAGAGGCGUCAAGAAGACUGUGUAUGUUGUAUUGUGUCAGUAUUGUCCCCGUACUGACCGGCAGUGAAUCCUGGACUAUAAUCUUAAAACAUAAAAGCAAUGGAAAUGCAGUUUCUGAGAAGAAUAGAGGAAAAAACUAGGAGGGACAAAAUCAGGAAUACAACAAUAAGAAGCAAUUUGGGAAUAUAAUCAGCAGAAAACACAAUAGAGGAAACAGGAUACAUUGUUAUGUUAUGUCAAAAGAAUGGCCAAAACUAUAUGAAGUAAAAGUGGAAGGAAGAAUGACGAGAGGAAGGCCCAGAAAGACAUGGGAAGAUUGAGUCAGGGAGGAUUUCAAAAGGAGAGGAAUGAACUGGAAUAGACGCAGUCAGCUGGUGCAAGAACAAGAUAAAUGGAUGAGGCUCUAUAAACAGGAUCCUCUACACUGAUCUAGCGGUAGAAGAGGAAUUGAUUAAGAAGAAGAAGAAACAGUUAUAGAGUUGAAGAAUAAAAUUCUUAAACCUCACUUGUUACUGAUCAGAAUCCCCAC